GGGCUCGCCCGGGGCGGCAGGAGGCUCCGGCCGGGAACCGGCCCAGGGCCCGCAGCCGGCGGGGGGAGCACGGCGUGCUGGGAACUCGAGUGCGCGUUUUGUUUACGAGGAAAACGCCAGCAUUUGUUGAGUGCCUUUAGAGGGAGGAGGUGCCCGCGGUGUUUGCAGCCGUGCAGGAUCUCAGGACAGCCCCGUCGGGAUCUCAGGCUAGAGGGUGCCGUGCCGCGGGGCCUCAGGGAGCGCCCGUCCUUUGUCCGGCAUCUCUGCGCUUUGCUCACGCCUUCGUGAAUGGCACAACAAGAAACCCACCAGCCUCCAGAAGCUUUAACUCUUUGCUGUGGAAGAAGCUCAGAGUGACAGCAGGUGCCUCUUAGAAGCAGCCUACAAAAACAGAUAUACCUAGUCGACUCUCAAGGUGUAGAUGAUCAUGGGAGAACAACUGUUAAAGAACAGCAUCCUUGAUCAAUUUAUUAAUAGCCAUGAGCAGUCAUAUGAGGAAUUUCUAAAUACAUUCACAUAUCUUUUGAAAGAGAAAGAAGGAAAGACAGUUCAGGGAAGUAAAGUGGACUCCUUAAGAAAAAAGAGUUUUACUUCUGAAUUACCAAACAGAAAUAAACAGAAUGGCUCAUCUGAAAGAAGCAAAGAAAUGUGGGUGUCAUUUCCAGCAGAGAUGCCAAAUGAGAAAGAGACAGUGAUGAGUGAGAGCUCAGCAGCUGGUGUUUCUGAUGCAGAUAAUCUCAGUUUGUCUGAAAGAGUGAAGGUGGACAAGUACUUAGACUUGGAAGAUGUAGACACAGAUGAAGAGACUUGCAAUGCAGGAUCAUUAGUUCUUCCAGGAGAGGUGGAAGAGACAGUGGCUUGCUGUACACCCUUCUUUGAUAAGCCUAUUCAGCCAAAGUUCAGAGCCUGGUCAGAUCCCCAGCCAUCAGAUGGCAAAGCCCAAGAGCUACAGGGCGAUGAUGUUCAACCAUUCUCACUUGAUGAAGAAUUUGAUUAUGACAAUGUGGCACUGACCCCGAAGUUCUCUGAAGCUGAGCUGAAGGCCAUUAUAGAGUUGUCUAAAGAGAAAAUGGGUACAGAUGUCAAAUCAGCACAAGCUGAAGACUGAGUCAGAGGUGUUCUGUGCAGGGCUGUUGGAAUGACCUUUUUACGGGAGGAAUGUAGCUCCUUGUUGUACCCUUAUUUAGUGUUCUUAUCUGUGUGGCCAGUAAAUGGCAUCCAUGAGAUUUGUCAUUUUUUCUGUCAAGGUGCCUUGGAUCCUGUACUGGCUCAAGGUAGGUCUGCUGGAGUAAAUUUUCCAUAGGAGCAAAACAAGCUGGUGGAUUUCAGAAUAGCAUUGUGGCUGCUCUUGCUUAUAUCUGGUACUCACUCGGUUCCUGAGUAGUACAAAGCUGGUCCUAAAGCUGCCUUCUACCUUGUUCUUUCAGUAAUGCAGUUAAGAGCUUUUUAACAGUAGACAAAACAGUCCAUGAACUCUUUAAAUGCAUAGAGAUAUAUGAGUGAAUAAAUCUGGGAAUAUGUUUUUUUUUCUCUGUCUUUUGAGUUACUUCAGUUCUGCAAAAAAUAAACAUUCCUGUUUCCAGCAAACUUUUUGUGUUGAUCAAAAUUGACAUGGUACAACUCCUAAAAUUAAAACAGUAACUGCUCAAACCACUCCCCCCCCACCUUCCACACAGAGGAAAAAAUAGCAAUCUUAUCCAUUAAAGGAAUUGGCAUUGAAGGGCUGUCAGAUUUUAGAUUUUUUUCACAGGAGAUUAUUCCAAAUAACAGUUUAUAGUUUACACUCUGCAUCACUGAAAUACAGCAAGCUGGAGUUGAGUAAAGGUCAGCUAUCUGGGUAGUAGAGAAGAGUGUGGCACCUCUGACACAAGGUAGUAUGUACUCCUUUUCUGAAGAGUUCAGAAUCCUUUGUUUUCAGUAACUGUAGAAGCUUUGUCAGUUGAGGCUUGGUUUAACAUCACAAUGCUGCAUUGUAUUUUUGUUUGCUUUCUGAUAUAACUGCAUUCACUAAAGCUUACUGACCGGCA